AUGAAUUCGCCUAAAGUAAGUUGUUCACCUUCAUAUAAACAUGUAAGAUCUAAACAAAAGCAGUCGCCAAUAGCUUUAAAGGAGAAAAUGAGAAAGGACUAUAAAGAUAAGGUGCAAAACUGCCGCAACAUUCUUCUUAAUAAAUUUCGUGGAACUGUGGCCGAAUCAGAAAUUCGUGAUACAUUGACUGAAAUAUAUAAAAACAUGUUUAAUUUUUCCCCACUUGGUGAUGUUGAUGAACAAGAAAACAAUGUACUUGAAGAAAUAAAAAAUGAACUUAUAGAAGAAGAAAUUCAGUGGUGGUUGGAAGAAUAUGAAAAAUCGCAAAUGGAUGACAUUGAUUGGUCAACAUUACAACAAGAAAAUGUUAUUUGCCCAGUGUGCCAAAAAACAAAUUUUAAUUAUAAAGAUGACAUGAUUUCGUGUUCCACUUGUGAUAUAAAAAUUAAAUCUCAAAACAGUCUACUAAACAUUAAAAAAAUCAUUUUUGAAUCAAUAGAAAAACAUAAUGUCCAGUGUAAUAAGGUUGCUCAAUUUACAACAGUUUCAGAUUUGAAUGAAACCCACAUAUAUUUAAUCUGUGAUGGAUGUAUGGAUAUGCAGUUAGUACUUUAA